UUUUUCCACAAGUCACCAUUGCAACUCUAUGAUGUGACUGCGCCGAUACCGGUUCAUGCUACAAAGGCUGAGGCGGCUUGGACGCCUUUCAGUCGGGAGGACUCGAGUGCGCUUGAAGGGCUGUUUGAGCGAGUGAAGGGAUCACUUGAUGCUGAAAGCGUGGAAGAAAGUGCAGAGGAGAAGCCUGCGUUCGAUACAGUCCUGGUUGGCUUGGAGCGGUUGCAUCAAGUAUGCCUACAAACAUGGCAGAUGACACCAGUCUAUUGGCAUGCGCGUAAUGCACAGCAAUCUCAGGCAACAGUCACGCGAGGAACUUGGUUCUAUGCUGCAACAUGGCAGCCCCUACCACAUGCGCUUGCUGAUCUCAUCGAAGCAGGCUAUCAUGAUGUUGCGCCUUGGACAGAGACCUAUGCAGCUGAGCUGGACGCUGCGACCUCAUUGGGCGAGGGAGCUACGGCGAAGCUGAAGCAUCCCGUCGAUGGUGCGCGCUAUGUCACGUACCAGAAUGCGCAGCGUGCUUGGCUUGCCAGGAAAAGUGCACUUGUUGAAAUCUGCAGAGGGUACGAUUUUGCAGCAUCACAAACUGAUUCGGCCUCACCACAAGGAGCUGCAUCUGACGCUGCCGACAAGGAUCAAGAAACGGUCAACGACGUUAGUGACCUCAUUCUGGUUAUUCACGGUAUUGGUCAAAAGCUUGCAGAAACUUCCGAGGGAUGGACAUUCACGCAUGCGGUCAACAGGCUACGUGUCAACUUGCACGCUCAGUUAACGACGCCCGUAGUGAAGCAGUACGUACGACCUGGAUUUUGUGUUCAAGUCCUGCCAGUCAAUUGGCGCAUCAAUUUGGACUUGGACGCGCCACCUCCUGCAGAGACGGACGAGAAUGCAUUCUUCACUUUGGAAGACAUCACUAUUGAUGGCAUUCCUGCUGUACGCUCUCUCAUUGGCCAAGUGGUGCUUGAUAUCCCCUACUACAUGUCUCAUCACAAAGCGAGUAUGGUGGAUGCCACAGUCAGAGAGGCAAAUCGUGUCUAUGCACUCUGGAUCAAGCACAAUCCUGGAUUUCUCAAGACCGGUCGUGUCCAUCUUGUUGCGCAUUCGCUAGGCUCUGCCAUCAGCUUUGACAUCCUUUCAAAACAGCCGACUGAUGUUUCCACGGGGCCAUCGCUCAGCACACGCCAAUUUGCCUUCAACACGACCAAUUUGUUUUGUGCAGGCUCGCCGGCAGCCUUCUUCCUGCUGUUGCAUAGGCGCCACCUGAUGCCUCGAAGGCGGCUGCAAGUGGACAAAGCUCAUCAGGACGCGACGGAUCCAAAGAUCACCGGCCAACAAGGCACGUACGGCAGUUUAGCUUGCACAAAUCUCUACAACCUUUUUUACAGCACUGAUCCAAUCUCGUAUCGGAUGACAGCUACAAUCGAUGCAGCACUGGCUCAAGCUCUACCUCCAACGCAUAUCCCGUCCACGAGUGCGCCAUACUUUGCAUCCUUCUUCAAUUCAAGUGAAAAGGUAGAAGCGCCAGCAGUAUCACGACCGAAACUGACACAGUUGCCAACGACUGUCGAGCUGCCACAACACGAUUUUGGCCGUGAACGCAUUGCAGAUGCCAGGCUCGCACUUCUCAAUGAGAAUAAGCAGAUCGACUACCUAUUGCCCGCAUCGGGCGGAUUACUUGAAGGAAGCAGCCAGUACUUGAGCAUGAUGACGGCGCAUCAGGCGUACUGGGAUUCCGCAGAAUUUGCGCGCGUGCUCGUGCUUGAAUGUGGCCGUGAGCCUGGCGCACAGCACACAUUACCAAUGAUGCGCGGCAAG